GAUGCAGCGACGCUGCCGAGCCGGAAACACCAGGGCCUCGCCUUCCUCUCAGUAUUGCGUUGCGCACAAGCAUUUUGUGCCAGGUAGCCACGUGAGCCUGUUACUUCUUCCGUCGGCUACAUUGCAGAAGGGCGGAACCCUGUGAUUGCAAGCAGGUAACCCACCAAAGACGCCACGAAGAAACUGAAUCACAAGGGAUCAUGGCCGACGGUGAGAGCAUGUCUUCCUGUGCGAUGCCGCAUGAUGCCAAUCCACCACCUGCCGACAUCGACGACAUUGAAAAGCUGGCCAUGGCCAAUCUAAAGCCCGUGGUGCAGACCUUCGUACAGACGGGAUAUGGCCGGGGCCUGACAGUGCGUGAAAAUCGCAGAGCCUUCGAGAGGUGGCACUUCCUACCAAAGGUUCUCUCGGGAUCCUCGCAGAGGAACACGCAGACGACGCUGCUUGGCAGGGUGGUGUCCAUGCCUGUUGGGAUCGCUCCGACGGCGGCCCACUGCAUCGUGCACCCUGACGCCGAGCUUGCCGUAGCGAGAGCUGCUCGAGAAGCAAGAACAGUGAUGGCUGUCAGCGUGGUGCACUCCGCUUCACUGGAAGACAUGGCGGCCGCAGCAGGUCCCGACGCCGUCCUCUGGGCCCAGCUGGACAUCCGCAAAGACCGCUCCAUAACUCUGGACGAGGCUCUGCGUGCCCAGUGUUGCGGCUUCGCGGCACUGGUCGUGACGCUUGACGCCCCCCUUGUCGGACGCAAGGCAGCGCCCGGAGUGAUUGAUCCGGUCACAGAAGCCUUCGGAGAUGUCUUCCAACGUCUUCGCGGUGACACGCCCGGUCAUGAGUGGGACCCCUGCCAGAGCUGGGCCGACAUCGACUGGCUGCGUGCUAAAGUCAACCUGCCCAUAGUCAUCAAGGGUAUUCUCAGAGCUGAAGACGCGAUAGAAGCUGUCGAUCACGGUGCCUCUGCAAUCGUCGUGUCCAACCACGGUGGCCUUUACAUGGAUGGCGUUCCUGCAGCGCUGGACAUGCUGCCGGAGGUGGUGCGCGCCGUGAGUGGACGCUGUGAGAUCUACAUGGAUGGCGGUCGGUGCGGUGGUGAUGUGGUCAAGGCGCUGGCUCUUGGCGCCAAAGCAGUGUUCAUUGGCAGGCCCGUCUUCUACGGUCUGGGAUACAAGGGCCAGCAGGGAGUCACCGAAGUCCUCGAGUGCAUCCGCAGAGAGCUCGACAACUGCCUCGCAUUGCUAGGGUGUUCGAAUGUGGGAAAUCUACACCCUGGCUACCUUAGGCGCCAUACUGCUUUAAUUCACGAGUACACCGGCGUCACACCAACGGAAUUUGCUAAGAGCCUUAAUUUAUGAAAAGCAAAAAAAAAAAAUCUUGGGAGCGUUUACGUGUGUUUUGAAACUCGUGCUUUCAUGCUUGGUAUGCAGGGGUUGCUCAUUCUGGUGCUCUGAUUACGCGAUGCUUAAGGCGGGUGUAAAGUACAAUGACCGCUGAUGACCGCUUCUUGCGAUAAAACUGACAACUUUGCUCUAAGUUGAGUGCCAACGUUAGGUCAGAGCACGAGGUACCCUUCAAACGCCAGUGUGUCUCGUAAGACCACGGCAUGCGCGCGAAUGUUCAUUUACGGAAACGCGUCUAUACUACUUCGCAGUGCUUGGUGCAAAGCAAGAAAUCCAGCAUAGGUUACCACUGGCUGAAUGUUACGAUUAAAACAUGAUCUCCACAGUGCA